AUGGAUAAUUUUCAAUCUCGUACCCAAAAGCACCAACUCAAACACAAGAAGAGGCUCACUCAAGAGCAACUGAGGCUUUUAGAAACUAGCUUCAACUUGAAUACAAAGCUCGAUACGGAACGGAAGUCCCAACUUGCACAAGAACUCGGUCUACCAUCUACUCGAGUUGCAAUAUGGUACCAGAAUAGACGAGCGCGUAACAAGAAUCAGAGCCUCGAGGAUGAUCACAAGGCCUUGAAACUAAAACUUGAAACUGUGAUGGAAGAUAAUGCAAGGCUACAAGAUGAAGUACAAAGGCUGAAACAAGAUUUGAACAAGGUGCGAGAAAUUUUCGGAACAUUUAAUUCUUCUCUGUCGAGCUCAUGUGAUGAUGUUGGAAGCUCAGAUUUGCUUAAUGGAUCCAAGAAUCAUUUGGAGAAGGACCUUUACGCUUCUAUGGUUGCUGAUGGAGUUCCAUUUGGAUCCUCGGAUGGAUAUGAUUUCUUCUCUUCAUCUGUAUCUUGA